UUUUUUUAAGCAUUUUAAUCAUGAUGGCAAGUUGGACCUCUGUGCUUAUUGCUAUUGGGGCUGCUACUGCUUUGGCUGUAUUAGGUGAUCUUAUUUAUGCUAAAUUGACACGUAUUCCUUUUAAGCCUGCUGGUAAGCACUGUUUUAUCACGGGAGGAAGUACAGGUCUCGGCAGGUCAUUGGCUAUUGAACUCGCAAAGGCAGGUGCUGAUGUCUGUAUUGUAGCGAGAAGAGUUCAAGAAUUAGAAGCUGCUGCUGAGGAGAUCAAGUCCCAUCGUGCUUCUGAAAAGCAACAAGUGAUUUAUAUUAGUGCUGAUGUGACAAACCAACAAGAUAUUGUACGUGCUUUUGAUGAAGCUAAUGUCAAGAUGGGCAGAAACCCUGACUUUGUAUGUGCCUGUGCAGGCGCUUCUUUCCCUAAAUACUUUUUGGACCAUACUAUGGAUGAUUUUGAGAAACUAACCACAUUAAAUUAUCUUGGACAAGCUUAUGUAGCUCAUCAAGCUGCUCAACGCAUGAGGGACUCUGAUAUUAAGGAUGGCAAGAUUGUGUUUGUCUCUAGCAUGUUGGGUAUGCUUAGUUUUGUAGGUUGGACCACUUAUUCACCCACCAAAUACGCCAUUCGAGGAUUAGCAGACGCUUUGCGUAAUGAACUCAAGCGAUACCAGAUUGGUGUCCAUAUUUUCUUUCCCGGUGGCAUUGAAUCCCCUGGAUUUGAAAUUGAGAACAGAACAAAACCAGAAAUCACCAAGGAAAUUGAGGGUGCCAACACACCUCAAACAGGCUCAGAGUGUGCUCAGUCUUUGCUCAAGGGACUUUAUGCUGGAGAAUAUAUGAUCAUGACAGACUUUAUCAGCCAAGUGCUGCGUUGUACAACAAGAGGUGUGAAUCCUACAAACAAUUUGGUCUUGGACUAUCUUUUGGCUAUGCUUGGACAGCCUAUUGCUUCUGGCUAUGCUCUCUAUAUGGACUAUGUUGUCAAGACUGCAAAAUACUAGUCUUUGUGCAAAUCAGCAAAUCCUAAAUUACCCAUAUCAUCUUUAUCCAUUAAACCUCUACAUGACAUUAGUCAAAAUACCGUAUAGUGUCAAACAUACUUGUCCAUACGACACUGAAGAUAAGCUUCUGAAAACUGUCUGCAUAAGCCAUUGUUAUUCUUGUUUUGUUUUAAACACUUGACAUAAUCUAACAUGGUCUUUUUACAUUCACCUAUCCCAUGUCAUAAGAAAAGGGAAUCUGGACUGGAUCUCAUUACCAUCAUGAUCUAAAGGGAAGCUGCCUCUUUGAGGUGCUUUUCCAGGCGAUGAUUCGACAUUAGGUGUUCUUCCAAAAGCCAUUAGGAUUCAAUAAAAAA